AGAAUGGGGAGCCCCGCAUGAGCAGAACAGGUCAAAUGCACACUCACAUUAAACGACGGAAUAUGCAAUGGCAUUUUUAAUAACUGGAAAUAACCCGUGUGCCUGUAUGAAGUUGCUAUAUUGAUUUGUCUUUAGCCACAGAGCUGUAUGUCGGAAGUGUAGCGCUAGGCCUGUGUGCAAGCUCGUGCAGCUAGCCUGAACGCUAACCCGAAAAAGACUUGCAAGACAGUUUGACGAAUAGAUUAUAUAGCUAACUAAACGUCAGCUACAUAGCCUAAACCCUCAUCUUUCCUGAGUCUCGGCUGAGGAGGAACACAACGUUGUGACUGUUCUGUUGUGUGGUGGUCAUGCAGCACCCUAACUUCGAGACCCAACACCCUCUCCAGCCUGAUGGAGAGCAGGAGCCUGGCUUCGACCCUCUCCACAACUUCAACAAGAACCACAGCCGUGGAGGAUCUCUGGAUAGUAGCAGGUUGUCUUACUCAGAGUCUGAUUCCACCUUCCUUUCCUACAGGAAAGAAUGGGAUGACUUGUUCCUGAACAGUAAUUAUCUGGCCAGGAUUCGGCAGGCAGGCAUCAGCGGCCGAUUGCGGAGCAGCCGAUUCCGCAGUGUGUGCUGGAAGUUGUACCUGGAGGUCCUUCCUGAAGAUAAGAGCCAAUGGCUCAACAAGACCAAGGAGCUGCGAGCCCAGUAUGAGAAGAUCAAAGAGACUCACAUCACCAACCCCCGUAAAGCUGCAGGCCAGCAGGACCUGGUGGUCAACAAUCCACUCUCACAAGACGAGGGGAGCCUGUGGAACAAGUUCUUCCAGGACAAAGAGCUGAGAGGGAUGAUCAAACAGGACGUGAUGAGAACCUUUCCUGAGAUGCGUUACUUCCAAGACGAGGCUGUCAGGACCAAGCUGACAGACAUCUUGUUCUGUUACGCCCGAGAGAACGAACUGCUACUGUACAAACAGGGAAUGCAUGAGUUGUUGGCUCCUAUCGUGUUUGUCCUGCACUGUGACCAUCAGGCCUUUCAGCACGCCAGCGAGACCGCGUACCCCAGUGAGGAGAUGCUGUCUCUACUGAAUCCUAUGUUCCAUGAGCAUGAUGCCUAUGCCAUGUUCUCCCAGCUGAUGGAGACAGCAGAACCCUGGUUCUCCAGCUUGGAGAGAGAAGUCAGAAGGGGGAAGGACGAGAUGCUGACCAGCAUGCCGUUCGCCCGUCCGCAGGACUCGGGGCCGUCUGUUGCCAUAGUGACCAAAGUGAACCGCAUCCAGGACCAGCUGGUGAAGAAGCACGACGUGGAGCUGCACAUGCACGUCAACCGCCUGGAGAUCGCCCCGCAGAUAUACGGCAUUCGCUGGGUGCGUCUGCUGUUUGGCCGUGAGUUCCCCCUGCAGGACCUGUUGGUGGUGUGGGAUGCCCUGUUCGCUGACAGCAUCACUCUAGACCUGGUGGACUAUGUCUUCGUAGCCAUGCUGCUCUACAUCAGAGAUGCCUUGAUAGCGAGUAACUUCCAGACCUGUCUUGGCCUUCUAAUGCACUACCCACCUAUAGGAGACAUCCACACCCUACUACACAAGGCUCUGUUCCUCAGAGAUCCCAAGAACAAUCCUCGGCCAGCCAACUACCAGUUUCAACAGAAUCUGGACUAUUACAAGACCAGAGGAGCGGACCUGGUCAACAACACCCGUGCCAGUGGCAAGAUGGCUCCUCUCAACAUCAACAAGGUCUCCAGCAGUCUGCUCAGCUUCGGUAGGAAGCUCAUCGCCCCUGCUCUGUCAGGGGGUGGCUCCAGCGGCAUCUCUCCAAUUAAUAGCGAGGUCCUGUCUGCCCCCUCCCCCGUCACUGUGGGUCCUCACCCCCAGGCCGAGCCCUUGUUGUCUGGCCAUGCACCCCUGCAGACGCAGACACCCCCCCAUUCCCAGCACCACCGCUUACUCAAGUCUGAGAGUAUGCCUGUCCACCUGAGCAAAGUUUCAGGAGGAGUCUCUCAGGUUCCUGUCCCAGCCCACAUUUUCUCUGACACAAAAGGCCAAAUCUCCAGGACAGCUAGCUCCUCCCCCAGCAUAGAGAGCCUCUCUGGAGGGCGGGGUCACACCACUGCAUCCCCACCCCUUCCUGUCACCAGGGAAAGUGACACCAGCACGUCGUCUUCGCCCCUCUCGGCCACCAGGAAGGAUUCCUUCUUCAACAUCACUCGCUCCCGCUCCCACAGCAAGACCAUGAUGGGCAAGAAAGAGGCUGAGGAGGAGUUGGAGGCCCAGGUGUCCUUCCUGCAGGGUCAGAUCAAUGACCUGGAGGCCAUGAGCAAGUACUGUGCCAAGAUGAUGAACACACAUAUUGGUAAGAUCCAGGAGGUGAUCCUACAGGAGCACCUGGAGAAAGAAGACGAGGUGUUGGUGUCACUGGCUGGACUCAAACAGAUCAAGGACAUCCUGAAGGGAGCGCUGCGUUUCAACCAGAGCCUGCUGGAGGCUGAGGAGAACGAGGAGAUCACCAUCGCUGACGACCACUAUGACAUCACCUCCAAUGCCGCUGCAGCCAUCGUAGAACAGCUCGCCAACUGUCACCAUGACAAACACCCCUUCCAGGCCACACCGCAGCGUGGCGACGGUGAUGGAGAACAGAAGGACCGAGAGGAGGAAGAGCAUGAGCACACAGAGUCAGAGCAACAGGUGUCUCCCCCAGAGUCAUCUCUGUCUGUGGGUUCGGAGGGGAAGAACUGGGGCGACUACAUCCUGGUCUCGCAGGACGGAGAGCUGCAGCCCACCGAGGGAGGGGCCGAGAGGACCCCUCCAAUCAGACUGCUCCGUGGCUCGCUCAGGGUGGAGCCGGAGGGCGUGGGGGUGUUCCAGGACCCCCUAAUGGGUGCAGCGUCUGGCUCCUCCAGCCCAGACGAGGGCAGCACUCACAGUAAAGACUAUGACUUCACCAUCGUCAACCCCCAGGACCUGUGAGGGACUAUACUGUACUGAUUUGGGUGGGAGUUACCCCUAACCAGAGAUGUAGGAUCAGUUUAUAUAUCCCCACCUUAACCAUUAGGGGGAGAAAUGCAAACUGACCGUAGAUCAGUCUUUAGGGGGUUACUUCAUCCCAAACUGGAGGAUAUGCUGUUUCACAGGGGCAAACCAAUGUGCCACUGCUGGAUGAAACUUGCACAUGGGACUGGGCUAUGACAGCCAACCUACUGUCAGGCAGUCGCCAAUACUUUAUCAUUUCCUCUGUCUGUCCUCAUGUCUGACACAUUACCCUCUCUAACCUGAUCUGUGUCCUUGAAUACUAUAGAUCUCUCCUAUGCCUAUUGCCUGCCCUCCUGUAUGCUUGGGUCUUAGCAGUUAUCCAACCCCACCUCUGACUUCAAGACAAGUGACUUUAAUAGUAAUACCCAUUUUGCCACAAGAUGGCACCACGAGACAGUUCACUACAGGCUACCCUCAGGAGCUGGAAUUCAUACUGCAUUUAUCAGUGUGGGGAAUCCUUUCCCUUCUCUCUGUAUGUAGCAGUAAUUGAAGGGUAGGGUAGUACCCUGUUUCUCCAGGUAGGGGAGCUGUCUGUCCAUCCUAAUGCCUUUGUCUAAAGAUGACUUGUCUUACCGCCAUUCAUCUCUUCUUUGAUUGGUCUUUAACUGUUCAAGAGAAGUUGCUCCUAACAGAUCUAGGAUCAGACUCCCAAUUGCUAGUCCUUCACCUACCAUUAGGGGGAUUUUAAAAUAUCUGAUUCUGUAUCGGUUGUUCGGGACAACUUCUAACCAGUGCCUGUAAAUCAUUGGCAGAUUACCUGACUCCCUCUUUCUCCUUGACGUUGUUAGAAGCUAUUUUAACCUGCACUGCAUUACAAGGUGAAAGUUUUUGUUUUUUUAAGAAAUUAAUUCAAAUGUAUCUAUGGAAUAAUAACAUAGGUUUCAUUAUUUCCGGUGUCCCUGUAUUUAGUUCUCUUGCUUCCUGUGGUAGCCAAGUAAAGCAUUGCACAUAAGGGAUGUCCCUAUAACCCAGAUUAACUCGACCAAUAAAAGCAUUGCUCUUGCUAAAGUA